CUGGUGCACACCCUCGACAGUGCAUCAUCUGGUCACAACUCGAGACGUCGCGUCAUCUGGUGCAUCAGUCGAGACGUCGCGUCAGGACUCAUCCUCUGCCCGUCUGGAAUUCAUCAUUCCAUCAUUCCAUCUUUCCAUCUUUUUACUUUGGCAGAAUAGCAGCCCUUUCUUCAAAACACUUCUUCAUCAGAUCCCAGUAGCAUCAUCCCAUCGACCCAAGCAACCGCAGCCAUGAACAGCCUCUACUCGGUUGUCAACACGCUCCGGGACCGCUACGCGCCCGUGUCGCACACGUCUACGUUUCGCGAGACGGGCGAGAUCACGCCCGAGGAGUUCGUCGCGGCCGGCGACUACCUCGCCUUCAAGUUCCCCACCUGGAGCUGGGCCGAUGCCGACGCCGAGGCGCGGCGGGCGAGCCACCUGCCGCCCGGCAAGCAGUUCCUGGUGACGCGCAACGUGCCGUGCAACCGCCGGCUGAAUGAGAACUUUGCGGGCGACGCCGGUCUGGAGGAGGCCAUUGUUGAGGACGGCGACGAGUUUAGGAGUGGUGGUGGUGCGGACGGCUCCAAGGGUGUUUCGUCGGGCGGCGGCGGCGAUGAUGAGGAUGGAUGGCUGCGCACGGGCGGACUGGCUAGCUCUCAGCCGCUCAAGGCGCGCGAGGUGCGCACCGUCGACGACGCCGGAAACGCCGGCGAGCGCGCCCAGCCUGAUGAUGACGACGACAUUCCGGACAUGGAGGACGAUGAAGAUGACGAGGCCAUCAUCCGCGACACUGACGCCUCGGGACAAACCACAGGACGACGGACCUACACGCUGUACAUCAUGUACUCCCCCUACUACCGGACCCCCCGUCUGUACCUGUCGGGAUACGCGCCCAACGGACAGCCGCUGCCGCCGCAGCUGAUGAUGGAGGACAUCAUGGGCGACUACAAGGACAAGACAGUAACGCUCGAGGACUUUCCUUUUUUUGCUAGCCCCGUCAAGAUGGCGAGCGUGCACCCGUGCAAGCACGCGCCCGUCAUGAAGACGCUGCUGGACCGCGCCGACGCCGCGCUCAAGCAGCGCCGCGAGAAGCUCAGGUCGGGCGCUGCUGCUGCUGCCGGCCUGGAGGGGCUGACGGACGACAUUAGCAAGCUUAGUGUUUCGGCCGGUGUCGAGUCGUCCAACGAGGACUGGGAGGACAUUCAGCACGACGACGUGGCCGACCAGGAGGUGGCCAUCAGGGUGGACCAGUAUCUUGUUGUGUUUCUCAAGUUCAUCGCAAGCGUGACGCCAGGAAUCGAGCACGACUUUACCAUGGGUGUGUGAGGGGGCACUUUUCUUUACCUGAGCCGGAGGGGAUACUUGACCAUGGGCGGUGACUUUUCUCACUUGGGUUUAUUUGUACGAUAAUGGGGCGUCACAGCAAAGACAGCAAACACAGCAAACACAGCUUGUAAUUCUUUCCUAGACUCGAGAUUGCCUAGUGGGAUGCAUGCAACAAGGCAGUUGUUCAUGGCAGGCCCAACGCGGUGCAAAGUGAUGAAUGUUGAG